CGUUCCGUCCCUUUGGUUUCCGCAACAGCGGACGUUUGUUAUCAUCGCGGCUCGGAUACGCCGACCGCACUACCGUUAUGGGCGCGAGCGCGCGCGCGUACUGAAGCCGCCACCGUUCGGCCGUCGUACGCGAUAUUGCCGGCGGGCCGGAUAUCUCGCGGUACGGAAAGCCGUCGGGGUGAGAUUAGACAACGGCUGUCCCGAGGCGUUAUCGGAACCCACCGGGGAGACGACGAUAUCGCCGCGGGCCACCCGCUUAUCUCAUCGGUUUCGAGAUAAAACGCGCGGAGUAGAAAAAAAUAAAAAAUAAAUGCCACUCGACGCACUGUGCGGUGCCGGCAGUCGAAAAACCAGUCUCGCGCUAGUCGCCUGCGGGACCCCGGUUCCACCGAGGAUACCGCCCCCUCGGACGUCCGACAUCGAAAAUGUGAGCGUCGCGCGACGCCGCUCGACGUGGUAAACGACCAUAUCUUUAUCGUCGUCGUCGUCGUCAACGAUUCUCUCGCCUAGACAUUAUGGUUCGACGGCCCCGUGCGUUUUAUCUCCGUUAACCUUUUGCGUUGAUCGUUUUUCUAUCCGUUUCAUUCCUUACGACAUCUCUGCCCGGGUCCGCGAUCGCGCGCGCGACUGCCGUUCCGAAUCGAUAUUUAUCGACGCUCGUUGGGCGCUCGCACCCGCGUAUCACAGUAUCGUGCGCACGACAAUGUGUUGUACGGAGCGCGCGCGGCCAUUAGACGACGCGCAUUUUUAAUUCGAAGUGUUGAAAAGGUACGAUGGAGGACGGCGGCAUUUCCAGAGGGGUGAUAAGACCCGCCCCUACCCAUAUUAGAACCAUUACGACGUCGGGCCACAUCACUACCGUGCCGAACAUCAACGGGCAACAGGUUCGGAACGAAAACGGCACACCAGACACCAUGUCGCAGUUGAAAGCCCAACAGCAAAGAGCCGAGUUCGGGCACGACGGAUUAUCUGGAAACUGUACACCCGAUAAUACGGAAUGUGUAUCGACAGAGGUGCUCAUAGAGGGGUUCAACGAAAACGGAACGGGCACCACUCUUCCCGUCUCGACUGCACACACGCCCGAAGAAUCCGUGUCACCGAACGAAUACCCAAAGGACCAUAGCCCACCCACGGAAUCCAUCAGGCUCCGGAGGAACGUGGAAGGGACUGAAGUGCACUUGCAGAUACCGAUGGAAAAGUUGGCCACGUUCCACGGGUACGUGGCCACUGCGGAAUACCCGAACCAUCAGAGAUACCAGCGGAUCAGAUACCUGGAAUAUCGUGGACAGUCCCCCGAAGAAGGCGUCGUCGGCGGUGGUGGUGGUGGUUUCGAACAGCCCCUGAUUAAGUAUGAGCAUCACCAGCAACAGCAACAGCAGCAGCAGCAACAACAACAGCAGCAGCAACAACAGCAGCAGCAGCAGCAACAACAGCAGCAGCAGCAGCAGCAACAACAGCAGCAACAGCAACAGCAGCAGGGUAAAAUGGAUCCGAAUUCCAGUUAUGUAACACUGGAAUCUUAUCAACAACAGAACUAUCAGCAACAUAACACAUAUCAAACGUACCAGUCGUUCGAGGGAGAGCAGCCGGUGGUGGACAUGUUCAACUUAUACGACAAGGACAAUCACGGUGGAGGAGAUUACGGGGUGAAGGGCGUGGUUCAGCAGAAGUCCGGUUAUGGUCAGCAAACCAUGAUGCAGCAGCAGCAGCAGCAGCAGCAGCAGCAACAGCAACCGGAGUAUCAGGAUGACGGUAACGGCGGUGGCGGGGGUGGUGGCAGUGAUGGCCAGUCGGACUUUUGGGGCGCGCAUGAUCAGAGGGUAGCGGACUUCGCAAACGCGGCUGACGAGAGUCUAGUGGCAGCAAACGCGUUGCAAAUGGAAGCGGGCCUCGGGCCACAGGAUGGCACCAUCCAGGUGACGCCGCAAUACACCAUUUUUCAAAGCGGUAACCCCGGGCCGUCGUGGAUCGACGAGCACUACGAUCAGAGCGCCAUCCUGAAUGUGGACAUGAAGGAGUGCGUGAACUGUGCGGCGAACGUGACGCCACUGUGGCGUAGGGACGGUACAGGCCACCAUCUGUGUAACGCAUGCGGCCUGUACAACAGAAUCAACGGGGUAAACCGACCGCCGGUCAGGUCGGCGCAAAAAAAGACUACCCAACAAACUGGAAACAAACGUUCCGGAGUGGCUUGCGCUAACUGUUCAACAAAUACGACGACUCUGUGGAGAAGAAACAACAACGGUGAACCUGUGUGUAACGCUUGCGGUCUUUAUUUUAAAUUACACAACGUCAAUAGGCCGCUGACAAUGAAAAAGGAUGGGAUACAGACGAGGAAGAGGAAACCCAAGAACCCGUCCAUGGGAUUCGGCCAAAACUCAUCGUCGUCCAAGGAGAAACCACAAGGAGAAGUAACAAAGCUUCUACUUCCACAUUUGUUUACGAAUUCUUCGGAUAAUAAACACCAACACGAACAUCUUGAUUAUGAUUCAGCUGUGAUGACAACACAAGAACACUUUCUGCAUCACAGCUCCCAAAUUCAUAUUCCUUCAUUACCUCCAACGUCGACAAAUAUUAAUCGUCAUGUGUCAAAUAAUACACAAGUGAUGGAACAACUGGGAUCUAGAGACAUGUUAACUAGUGUAAUUACUUCUACAGGAAAUCAAAACAUUAUAAGAGAUGAUUGAUUGAUGUUCAAUAUAAAUUAAUGAGUUUUUUGUGAACUAUAUAAAUUAGAAGGUAAAUUUGAAGUUUCACAUUAUAAAUUUGUUCAUUAAUUAAAUUUAUAUGGUAAAUA